AUGGCCGCUGUGACUAUAUCGCAACCACCAACAGCUCCUGCGAUACCGGGUCGGAACGACAGCAGUGACAGCUCUCGUUCUAGUCAAACUAGCACUGAAAAAGUCAAACUUGCCUCCACGCCUCACACUUCAUCAGUAUCAAAACACCGUAACAGCCAUGACAGCCAAUCUCACGUCGACCGCUCCGUCUCGCCGAAGCGGUGGAAGACGUUUCUUAAGGCUUUCAACCACAUCCGCAAUUUAACUCCAAAGGAAGUUGAUGAUUUUAUGGCAUCAUAUGAGAUUUACAACUUAGAUUGGGCCAACGAAGAUGAGAUGGUCAAGGCUUUCGGCCCCAAUUACCAGGAACGUGUCGGGGAUUGUCUUCGAGCGUAUUAUUCAGUGCUUAACCACCUUUGCAGUCUCGGCGAUGUGGAAAAGAUGUACAUCCCGCCGCUGAUGGACAAGAAGAAAUCCGUUCUUGACAAUCAGCUACUCUAUGAAGAGACUAUUGCGAAGGAUAUCGGAUUGAAACCGGGGAUGAAGGUUUUGGAUCUUGGAUGUGGUCGUGGUCGUGUCGCGGCGCAUAUGACGAGUUUCAGUGGAGCUCAUGUAACGGGACUGAAUAUCGAUGCCAACCAGAUCGCGCAGGCUAAGGAAUGGAAUGAGAGGUGUGGUUUCGACAACGAGUUUGUGGUACAUGACCAGAAUGACUUGCCGCUACCGUUUGAAGACGAAUCCUUCGAUGCCUUCUACGAGAUCCAAGCGCUUAGUCUCUGUAAAGAUCCUUCGGCCUCCUUCAAGGAGAUUUACCGAGUGCUGAAGCCCGGCGCUAAAUUCUCCUUGCUGGACUGGGUUAGCCUGCCGCCCUAUAAUCCUGAGGAUCCUGUUCACGCAGGGCUCAUGCGUCGCGUGAAGCCUCUGAUCGGCGCUGUCGGCACUCCGACACCGGCAAGUUUUGAGAAGGCUCUGAUGGAUGCCGGCUUUACCGUCUCAAAAUCGGAUAAUCCAAGUAUUGAUGGGCUGCAAGCCCCGCUCAUUGACAAAGUGGACAUUUAUUUCCGCUCCGUUAGGCGUGUGAUUCACGGACUGGUCCGAUUACAUGCGCUCCCGCCGCAUUUCAAGCUUUUGAUUGACAGGUUAUGUCUUGACGGUCAAGCAUUUGUGCAAAUGGACAACAUGCGCUUAAUCACUACGACAUACCGAAUUAUUGCGGAGAAGCCUUCGACAUCAGUAUGA